AUGGCGCGCACCGCCGCCACCAGGUCCCCCCGGCCCGCCAGCGCCCCCGCCAGCACGUCGUUGUGCCCCGCCAGGUACUUGGUGGCGGAGUGCAGCACCAGGUCGGCGCCCAGCGCCAGCGCGCGCUGGUUGAUGGGCGUGGCGAUGGUGGAGUCGAUGACAACCGCCGCGCCACGCGGCGCGCACAGCGCCUUGAUGGCCGGCACGUCCACGCAGCGCAGGUAG